AUGAAGCCCCAGAAGAGCAGCCCGUCGUCCUCGCGGAAGCUCUCCGUCGCCGUCGCCACGCCGAUCCUCCUCCUGCUGGCCCUCGCCGUCGUCUCGCUCUACGACUUCAGCUUCGCCGCCGAUAGUUAUCAGUACUACAUACGCCGCGCCUCCUCUGCAUCGUCGACGUCGUCUCCGCCCGCCAACACAUCCUCGCCUUCGACGGCUCCGGCCUGCGACCUUACACGGGGCCAGUGGGUGCCCGACGACGAGCCGCCGUACUACACGAACCUGACGUGCCCCUUCAUCGACGACCUCCAGAACUGCAUGAAGUUCGGCAAGCCCAGCCUCGAGUUCAUGCGCUGGCGGUGGCAGCCCGACGGGUGCGACCUCCCGCGCUUCGACGCGGCGCGGUUCCUGGACGCAAUGAGGGGCAGGUCCAUGGCCUUCGUCGGGGACUCCCUCGCCAGGAACCACGUCAAGUCUCUACUGUGCAUCCUGUCCCAGGUGGCGCAGCCGGUGGAGGUCGUGACGACGGCGGAGGUCGACGUCACCGGGAGGGCCGUCCGGCGGGACUUCCACUACGGCAGCCACGGCUUCAACGUCUCCCUCUUCUGGUCGCCAUUCCUGGUCAAGGCCAACCUCUCGAACGCGGAGCUCGGCCUGGGCCUGUGGGACAUGCACCUCGACACGCCGGACGCCCGGUGGGCAGCGCACAUCGCCGACUUCGACUACGUCGUGCUCUCGGGCACCAACUGGUUCUUCCGCCCAUCGGUGUACCGUGAGGGCGGCCGCGUCGUCGGGCGCAACGGCGGCGCCGCCAGCGGCGCCCACGGCGCGAAGGCCGAGGUGCCCGUCUCCGGCGCCGUGCGCGCCGCGUUCCGCACGGCGCUCGGCGCCAUCGCGGCCCGCGAGGGGUUCCGCGGCAAGGCCUUUGUCAGGACGGUCACGCCCGCGCACUUCGAGAACGGGGAGUGGAACACCGGCGGCGACUGCGUCCGCACGCGCCCGUUCCGGCGCGGCGAGCGCGACCGGGACGCCGUCGUGGCCGAGUUCCGCGCCGCGCAGGUUGACGCGCUCAGGGAAACCGCGGCGGCGUCGCAGCGGAACGGCGCGGAGCUGCGGCUGCUGGACAUCACGGAGGCGAUGGAGCUGCGGCCGGACGGGCACCCGAGCCGGUACGGCCACCCGCCGGGCGGGAGCGUGGAGGGGAGCUUCGUAGUGGACUGCCUGCACUGGUGCUUGCCCGGGCCCAUCGACCUGUGGAGCGAGCUGCUGUUCCAGAUGCUGGUUGCUCACCAAUAGCAUCGGUCUUGCACUCAUGCUGACGGGUUCGUUUGGAAUGGGUGCGCAGAUGGACUCCACCAACUCCAAAUAAUUUUGUAGCUAAAUAUCCUAAUUUUAAAAUGUAAAAGCUUCAAAACUCUGGAGCUCUGGAGCUGUUCAAAGUAGAUUUUGAAUUUUGGAGCACCUCAUUUGCAGCUCCAGAACAUCCCGUUUUGUACUUCGAGCUGCGAGUUAAGGGGAAAUUACACACUUUUACCA